AUGGCUAUGGAGUUACAACCUCAGGAUAUUGAGGUAGGCUGUAUCCUUCAACCGCGUCGUGAGGUCGGCGCCACACGUGCUAGAACAGGACCAAACAUCGUUGGUCUCGUCCGCACCGGUGUACCGUAUCAAUGGAGCCCGCCUACACGAAUCAAGAAUGACAAACGCGGUACUGAAUACUCUCCAAUUGGGCACUAUUUUCCUACACACAAAGAAGAAAAGAAACUUCAUCCCAAGAAAUAUCGCUCUCGUUACUGGCUUCGAGGUGAAAACUUUUCGGAAACUACCCUAAAUGAAGCUCGCAGUCAAAGAGUGUAUCAGCGAACCAUUGAACUCAGAAAGUACUCCAUGCUGCGCCUACCACAUGUCUUUACACAGCCGUUGUCCAAAUUCGAACCUUUUGGGGGCUGCAAUUCAAGAGCAAUGGACUACUGUUUGGAUAAGUCUUCUUAUUACAGACUGAUGGGUAGAUUAGGUCUUCGUUCUGGUAACGAUAGAUCCGACAUAAUUGAACCAGGUACCCAUAACAAUUCUAUCUUUUCAAGCAUCUCUCAACUAUUCAACUAUCUCGGAGGCGUGUACAACUCUACAGAAGACGACCCAAGUCAAUCUCAAGCGGAGCCAAUUUACCCCGGAGAUGACUGUAAGUCACUUUUAUUUUCUCUCGUAUCUGAUAUUCUUUCAAUGGCUGAAUUAAAUCUAUCUAGUGGAGUUGAGUGUUUCACGAAAGCCAAGUCGACUGGAAUGGGUUUGGAGUUGGCUUAG